GUCCACACGUGGGUUUAUUAAGGGUAUAUAAGCAACUUUGCAUCACAUGAGACUCAAACAGCCGGAAUCUUGGAUGCACGACUGGGAGUUUUCCUUUUCUUGCUUGUGACAGUCCUACAGACAGUAGUCGGUUUUUGAAUAAACAGUCGGAGUGAAGAAAACAAUUGAUAAACUUGUAACCAUGGUACUAAGGAGGAUUUUGUUUCUACUUUCUGUGAUUACGAUUAUGAAGUACGGGAAAGGACAAAAAAGUGACAACUCUUCUACUGAGAUACCACUACUGGACAAUCUUAAUAUGCCUUUAGUUGCUCUGUUCGAUACCACGAAACUUAACGAGGUGUUGAAGAUCGCUAUACAGAAGACAGUAGAAGAUACCAUGAACGAGAUGGUUCCUCAGAUAAAACAGGCUGUUAUUAAAGACAUAGGAAACGAACCUGGACGAAAAAGGGAAAGGCCAGCCUUUACAGCAUCGCUUACAUCAUCUAAGAGUCUUGCUAGUAAUGAAGUUGUAGUAUUUGACAAAGUAUGGUUAAACAUUGGUGGAGUCUACAGUCAGGACACUGGAGUUUUUACUGCGCCAAAAACGGGACUUUACUCUAUUUCAACAACGGUUAUGUCUUAUUAUGCCAAGUAUUUGCACUGCUUUCUGUGGAAAAAUAAUGAGAGAAUGGUCCAGGCCUUCGGUAAUAAUUUAUCAACUGGGACUCUGAAUGUUGUGAUGGCAUUGAAGAUGAAUGACAAAGUUUUUGUUAAACAUGCCGGUGGUACGGAAAUAAUUGUUGGAGAACAUAGGUCGACAUUUUCUGGAUACCUAAUUAGCAAGUAAACCAGUAAAAUAACUUUUAGAAGAAAUUGAUCUGGAAAUAAGAAAUGUUUUGGAGGCAGCCGUCAUCAAAUAUGUUGUGUAUAGAUAAUGUUAUACUCAUGUGAACUGCAAAAAUAAAAAUGCUAGUACCUAUAUUAUUUCAAAUUAUAAAAAAAUAGAAUUUGUUUAGUUAUCGACCGAACAAUUCAUUACAUUUAUAUCGUAAUAAAUAAAUACUUUUCCAGAAUA